CCACCCGCGAGCAAGUCCGACAUGGAGGAUUAAUUUCCGACCUGGUGAAUUGCCACCGACCCAUUGCCAUUAUGUACCAUGGCUUACCUGGAUGGCUAUGGAAGGCCUAUGGAAGGACAAUUCCCUAUGGAGCUGCUCCAAUCGGACCUGGCGUUGGAAGUGCAAACUUUAGCUGGUACAACAAAGACCUUAUUAGAGGCUUGAAGCUUCUUCACAUGGUUUACAAGAAUAAGGAACACCUGAGCUACUUUCUGAUGAUCAAGUAUUCAAAUCCACUACAAAUGAGCAUCAUUUAUUUUAUAUAAUAUUUUUCUAGCAUUAAGACAGGUCCUGUGGUAGAAGAGUGAAAUCAUGAGAGUUAAAUGCAGAAGCAACACUAAUUACACAAACCCUGCGUCAUUAUUUUGGAUAACGCCGGUACCACCAUCGAGGACGAAGUGACUGGCGUCAUUGUUAGAAGAUGCCGGUGUUGAGACGCAAACUCUCUGGACGAGAAUACCGCCGAGGGUAAAGGCGAGCUGAGAGUGAGAAGUUGUUGAUCAUAAAACCUUCAGCGCAGCCAGGGUGUAUUAUUUUAGAUAAUAUUUGUGAAGUAGUAAUAUGAUUAGAUAUAUUUGUUAUAAUUCUGUUAUGUACACCAAGUGUGAUGGAUUAAACAGUCAGAUUUACUCUUCUUGUUUAGUAUUUAAUGUAAUUUAUGAUGUUAUAAACUUUUGAGUUGGUAUUCAAUAAAACACGAUAACUCUAUUGAUAAUGGGACAUGAGACAUGUCAUUCUUGUAAUUAAUUCUUCAAAGUAAGUUAUGUCUAUAAACUAUGUUGUAAGUUAGUUGAAA